AUGGGUUCGCCGAUUUCGGAAUUGAUCGCUGAGACGGUGCUGAAACUGUUAGAAUCGCUGGUCUUCCUACACCACAGGCCGAAGUUCUCGGCCCGCUAUGUGGAUGAUGCCUUCGUCGUCAUCGAACGGGAUCAGGUGCUGACAUUCAAUGAACGUCUCACUACGGUCUUUCCGGACAUACAAUUUACAAUGGAGGAGGAGGAGGAGGAGGAAAACAACCAGCUGAUCUUCCUGGAUGUCCUCGUUUGCUGCGAAGAUGGCGAUGUCCUAAAGACCAAAUUGUUCACGAAAACGACAAAUACGAUGCAAGUAGUGUACUUCAACAUCAACCACAAAAUCUGCCACAAGCGCAGUUGUGUAAGGACGCUCUAUCGACGUGUCGAAAUGAGCUGCAAUGAGCCCGAAGACAAGAUUGCCGAAGUACAAUACCUUCGACUUCGUCAACCAGGACAUACGCAAAGGGACGAAAUGCCAAACCGCCCGGACCCCAAAUUUUGGCCAACGCUUUCGUAUGUCAAGAACGUUUCGGAAGCUGUCGGUUGCCUUCUUGUACCACUUGGGGUUGGAGUUGCACACAGACCGGAAACAACCAUCAAGCCCCCGGUAAUGAAAUCGGAGGACCCGCUGCCACACCAAGAAACGUCUAGAGUCGUUUAUCGGAUCUGA